CCGGAACGGACCUUCCUUAGCCACGUCACCCAGCCCUCCAACUUUGGAAGUGAAGUGUAAACUCAGUUGCAGGGAAAUGUGCAGGCAGACUUCGUCCAAACGAUCUACGUGCAAAAGAACGUCUGAAUGAGUAUUGGAUAGAGUCGUGAAGCGGAGACAGUGAAAUCGUGCAGUAGGCUACAGGCCAACAACUUGGAAAAAAGAGACAGCUUUCGUUUGAUCGAUUUGUUUACUUGUCAGAGGCCUUGUUUUACCUGGAUCCUUCACUUCAACACUUGUAUAUUAGGCUACAGACGUGGCGUGUUAUUCUUGUGUUUAAAAUCGUCGGCCAAAAGACUUUCCGUCAAAAUGAACAUUUUCCGUCUCGCCGGUGACGUGUGUCAUCUUGUUGCAAUUAUCAUAUUGUUUAUCAAGAUAUGGAGAACAAAGUCGUGUGCAGGAAUUUCUGGGAAGUCUCAGUUGCUGUUUGCUUUGGUCUUCACCACAAGAUACCUGGAUCUCUUCACCAGCUUCAUCUCCAUUUACAACACUGUUAUGAAGGUGGUCUUCCUCUCUCUAGCCUACGCCACAGUGUAUAUGAUCUACAUGCGCCUCCGCAGCACCUACGAUUCCGAGAGUGACUCCUUCCGGGUGGAAUUCCUCCUGGUUCCUGUGGCUGGACUGUCCUUCCUGGAGAACUACGCCUUCACCCCCCUGGAGAUCCUCUGGACCUUCUCAAUCUACUUGGAGUCGGUGGCCAUCUUGCCUCAGUUGUUCAUGAUCACCAAGACAGGUGAGGCGGAGUCCAUAACCACUCACUACCUGUUCUUCUUGGGCUUGUACCGAGCCCUUUACCUGGCCAACUGGGUCUGGCGCUACCACACUGAGGGAUUCUUCGACCAAAUUGCUGUGGUGUCCGGAGUGGUGCAGACAAUCUUCUACUGUGACUUUUUCUAUCUCUAUGUCACCAGGGUUCUUAGAGGUAGUGGAAAGAUGUCUCUGCCCAUGCCAGUGUGAAGUGUGCAAAACUAGAAUUUCACCGUUGCGGGUACACCUGCCCUUACUCAUUCACUCACUUGGCAUCAUCACUUGGGAGGACCAUGGCAUUGAUCUGAAAAUUUGAUGAUUGGAUCCGAUUCAACUCUUAUUUGAUUGCAGUAACGUAAAGACUUUAUGUAAAAACAUAUGGAUAUUUCUUAUCCAAUCCUUAUUGAUAUAUACUUUUGUUUAUAUUUAAAAUGAAUAAAACAGAGCCAGGGCUAAAAGGUAUUGAUCAGCAGACGUGAAGAAAUGAAUUGUGUCAUAUCUGCCAUUUUGUAUGCUUUUAAGAAGGGCUGUAAUUACCAGCGCCAUUUUGCUAUUAUUUUGUCUAGGUGUCUAGGGAUUCCAGGUGUAUUUUAAUGUUUGAGUCAAGUUUGAGAGACUCUGCACAUAAGCACUCUCAUUAUGAAACCGCAUGUUUUUUUUUAAUUAUUUAUUUGUUCUUAUUUCAUUUCACACCUGGUUUAAUUGAUGUAGGAGAGUGAUGAUGGGUGCUUUUUUUGUUUUAAGCUUGCUUAUAUGACUUACUAGACUUUACAAGUCUAGCCUGCAUUUGGAUAGGUCUCAUGUUUGAGUGAUAGCUUUGCAAGGAAUGAACACACUGCAUACCAAAUCUACUUAACCGCUGGUUAUUGGUCCCCCGUAACAGUCUGACUAUGCGUCGCAACAAAAUGGUACUGUAAGCAAAAUUACAAAUAUAUGAAAAUACUAUUCACCACUAUUCACCUCCGGGGAGUAGAAAAUUAACGUUGUUCUUGGAAAAACACCAUCUGCUCUCUGACUGUUUGUUUUUUCCCCUGAACAAGAACGCUAAAUGUAGAGCUGUACUUACAUGGGAGAUUUGUAUAUAAAUUAUUACAUAAUUUGCAUUCCUUUAUCAUGAAAGUCCUGAUGUGUCUUCCACUUUUUCGUCUUUUAAAAUGUUUAUGUAAAAUGUUUUUUCACAAUGUUUUGUCUUUUUAAAUCAUUACGUCCAUGUCUUUGAUGUAUGUUUGAGUUUGUAGAAUAUCUCUCAGUAUUCACUUCACCUGAAAGAGGUGUGUCCAUGGAUCACAAGGACAAAACCAGGGAUGAUAUUAUGGCUCAUUCAAACCACAAAGCACAGGAUCCAAGAUGCUCUGUGCUUUUACAACCAGAAUAUAAUUCUUGUCUUAUGCCUUGUGUUUCUCUUGAUAUUUUCAUCACACAACAGUUUGGGAAAUCUCCGCAUCCAGAAACAUAUGUACUGUUUAUGAUGGUGAUCCAUCUUCGUUUCUCAAUUUUACUAAGCCAAAGAUCAUUUUUAAGGGCUAAAAUGUUGUCUCAAACCAAUCUUGGACCAAAUGAUGUGGAACAACCCACUACUGAUUCUGAAUUUGGAAUGGCAAAAAUGUACAGUUCAAACAGUUUAUUCUCCUUUAACAACUAUUUCUCCCUGUUAGAUUUUCUUAAGAUUUUAUAUCUAGCUUUUGUAAGUUGUCAAUAAAGGAUGUCUCAUGAAACUCA